CAACAAUAAGAUCAGGAAACAUCCUCUGGUCCUCCUCAUUACUUGGUUAAGAUGAUAUAGAAGCUUGUACUUGCCAUCUUAUCUUCACUCUAACUUACAGAGUACUCUCUUCCUACUAGUAAGGUAAUAAUAGCACCAGGAACCUUGGCACCCCUGUUGGUGGCGGGCGGGGUUGCUCCCCUGCUAACAGUGCAGCUUCGUGAGGGGAAUCAUCACCAACUCCCGUUCUUUCUAAUACAGAUUUCUUUUCAUCUUUUCUUUCUCUCUCUCUGCUACUUGGGUUUGGAUCAGUUCCAGGAGUGCCCCCUUAUUCCUUCGUUUUUCGUUUUUUUUACUGCUACUCUCCCUCCAGUAUCCUGUUUGCAAGGGGAGCUCCGUGCUGUUAUUACUUCCGGCAUGGUUGAUCAAGGGAGUGCAGUCUAUUGCACUCUGCUCUUGAGUGAUGAUUACCUUCCUGGCGCUGUAGUCCUUGCUCAUUCAUUACGUGACAAUGGCACCCAUGCCAAGUUGGCUGUCCUUUACACGCCUGACACCUUGCAGGAAGCCACAAUACAUGAGCUCCAGACAGUGUAUGACAUCCUCAUACCCGUGCACCCCAUGACAAACCACAUCCCCGCGAAUCUGUGGCUCAUGGAGCGCCCGGAUCUAAUAGCCACUUUCACCAAGAUUGAGCUCUGGCGACAAACACAGUUCACACGCAUAGUCUACAUCGAUUGUGACGUCGUGGCGAUUAGAGCACCGGAUGAGCUUCUCGAACUGGAGGCAGGUUUCGCAGCAGCUCCCGAUGUCGGCUGGCCCGAUUGCUUCAAUAGUGGUGUGAUGGCGUUGCGACCCAAUCUCGAGGAUUAUUACGCGCUCAAGGCUCUUGCCGAGAGAGGGAUCAGUUUUGACGGAGCUGAUCAAGGUCUAUUAAACCUGCACUUCCGUAACUGGCAUCGACUAAGCUUUACGUACAACUGUACGCCUAGCGCUAAUUACCAGUAUAUCCCGGCCUACAAGCAUUUCCAGAGCACAAUUAGCAUGAUACAUUUUAUUGGAUCUCAGAAACCGUGGAAUGUGCCGAGACAAGUGGCUCCGUUUGACUCGCCUUACAAUCAGCUACUAGGAAGAUGGUGGACAAUCUAUGAUCGACAUUAUCGCCCUGCACUUACUGAGCCAGUCCAACAGUCAAGUAGACCGACCACGCCACAGUACCAGACCCAAGCACCUGACCCAGGUACAUCGCAGGCGUCAUGGUUCCCUGUUCAACCUCAACAGUAUCAUGUUGGAGAACAGGCUUUUGUGCCGCUAUUAGAACCGCCAUCUCACCAGCAACCCCGACAACCAGAGUUGCCACCGGUUCCGCCUACGGUGUCACAGCCAGGCCCUCAUCCGCAUGAAAUGGUCACUCAUGCGGUCGUACAGGUUUCUAAUCCUCCUGAGUUCACUUAUACACCCCCAUCUACAAAACUGCCGACUGAAUUUGUCCAAACUCGACACUACACAGAGCGACUCCCGCAAGAACCUUUUUUUAGCAUUGUUCCCCAGUACGUUCGCGGAGAAGAGAAUGUAACGGCCUAUAUACGACCACAAGCUCAUUACACACAUACCUCCUACACUGUACAGGACCCUCCGAUACAAGACCCCAGAGUGCAAAUGGCUCCAGUGCAGCCUUCGUAUUCUGUUCACUCCCAUGUUCAUCAUGAACCAGCAGCGCCUGCUUUCGAUACAAGGCAGCGAUCGCCAACGCCCCCAUCCCAACCAGAACCAGAGAUUCCAGCAGCAUUUGAAGCUCCAAGGUCGGAAUGGGAUGCAUCUCGGGAGCCACCGCCACUGAACAGCAAGCCCGAGGGAAUUGCAUUGGAGAAGAAAACGUAUGCUAUGUCUGAGGACCACCAAUUAUUUCAACCCCCGGCAUCCUAUCCAGAAGCACCGAAGAAUAUGUACUAUGAAAUUCCAUCUACAAAACCAGAGCCACAUAACCUCACUCAGCUCUUCCCCUGGGAGAUGAAUGCACCCAAGCCCACGCGUGUUUUUGCCGAUAACGAUCAGAGCCCGCAUUCUCCUAUUCAGCCCAGGUUCUCUCCAGAACCCACACGGGACGAAGAACCCGGGGUUUCUCGAGCUUCUGGGUCGACAUCCUGGAUGUCUGGGGUCACAAGCGUCACAAGUGAAUCCUGGGAAAGCUACUCCCGGUCCAACGCAUGGGAUGAAGUCCCAGAGAUCCAGCGAUAUAUUCAAUCCAUCCAGCAAUCCCGCAAAGGUAGAGUCCAGGUAAUAUCCAGCGGCCCCAGCCAUCAAAAGAGCCCUCCAUCGAUUCAGGAGUCCGGUAGCAUGCGGGUAACCGACUUCCCCAGCGAAAUUGAGCGCCCCAGUCUCCCAGUCACCCCGACGCCUAUUAGGAGACCACUUGCCUCCAGAAGCCCAAGAGGAGAAUACACCACGGACCAACUGCCCCCCGCGGAGGGCGUACCAAACCAGGAGGACUGGAAUCCGUCAGUUCGCCUCGCAGAGUUGCAGCGGCGCCAAUCUGAAAUCUUGGAGAAUCCGGAGAUGAUGUUUGAACGGCUUUCAAAAGGCUGUUAGAACCAAGGAGAGGGAG